AUGGCCAUGAAAGCCACCGGCUCUAAGAAAUACCUCCAGUUGCUCCUUUUUCAGGUCGCUCUUCUAGGGCCUGUCUUCUGUGGGAAUGUGUUGGUCUGGCCAACGGAAGGCAGCCACUGGCUGAAUGUGAAGAUAGUUAUACAGGAGCUCAUCCGCCGUGGGCACAACGUUACCAUCCUGGUAUCCAACGCUUCCCUCUUCAUUAAACCCAGGGCUGAGGCUGCAGAGAAGUUUGAGGUCUAUAAUGUGCCCUUCAAGAAAGACACCAUUGAGAACCUCAUUGAGGACGUAGUGGCACUGUGGCUGAAUAACAGGCCAACCACCUUGACCUUCUGGCAGUUUUACAAGGAGCUGGGAAAACUGUCCAAAAACUGGCACCAGAUGAACAAGCUAAUGUGUGAUGCGGUGCUAACCAACCGAGAGCUGAUGGCCCACCUGCAGGGGUCUAGCUAUGACCUGCUGCUGUCAGACCCAGUGACCCUCUGCGGGGACCUCCUGGCUCUCAAGCUGGCCAUCCCCUUCAUCUACUCGCUGCGCUUCACCCCAGCCUCUACUGUGGAGAGGCACUGUGGCAAGAUCCCAGCCCCACCGUCCUACGCGCCCGCAGCCCUGUCUGAGCUCACCGACUGCAUGUCCUUCAGCGAGAGAAUAAAAAACAUCGUGUCUUACCACCUGCAAGACUACGUUUUCCAGAGCUACUGGGGAGAAUGGGAUAUCUACUAUAGCAAGGUCUUAGGAAGGCCCACAACCCUGUGUGAGACGAUGGGGAAAGCAGAGAUAUGGUUAAUCAGAACAUACUGGGAUUUUGAAUUUCCACGGCCUUUCCUGCCCAACUUUGAGUUCGUUGGAGGACUUCAUUGCCAGCCUGCAAAGCCGUUACCAAAGGAAAUGGAAGAAUUUGUUCAGAGCUCAGGGGAACACGGCAUCAUGGUCUUCUCUUUCGGGUCGAUGGUCUACAACCUAACUGAUGAAAAAAGUAAUGUGAUUGCCAGAGCCCUCAGCCAGCUUCCACAAAAGGUCCUCUGGCGGUACAAAGGAAAAAAACCAGAAACUCUGGGCUCCAACACCAGGAUUUAUGACUGGAUACCCCAAAAUGACCUGCUUGGCCAUCCCUUGACAAAGGCUUUUAUUACUCAUGGUGGGACCAAUGGAAUCUAUGAAGCUAUCUACCACGGGAUCCCGAUGGUUGGGAUUCCCGUAUUUGCCGACCAGCACGACAAUAUUGCUCAUAUGAGGGCAAAGGGAGCUGCAGUUCAGCUGGAUUUCAGCACACUGAAGACGCAGGACCUAGUUGAUGCACUGAAUACAGUCAUUAACAAUUCCACCUAUAAGGAAAAUGCUCUAAGGUUAUCCAAGAUACACCAUGACCAGCCAGUUAAGCCUCUGGACAGGGCCGUCUUCUGGAUUGAAUUUGUCAUGCGUCACAAAGGAGCAAAGCACUUGAGACCAGCUGCUCACCGUCUCACCUGGUACCAGUACCACUGCCUGGAUGUUCUGGCAUUCCUGUUCACCUGUGCAGCCAUUGCUGUCUUCAUUCUUGUCAAGUGCUGCUUAUUUUGUUGUAGGAGAUGUGGCAGGAUUGCAAAGAGGAAGAAAGAAUAGACAUCCUGUUCCCAUCAGCACUUUUUCUUCUCCUA